CACCAUUUAGCACAACUGUAGCGCAGAGCGUCCCAGUGCGUGGCUGCUGCUUCACUGCUCCAUCACUUCAAUGACUACUUCGUGUCUCAAUGUAAAUUAACUACGUUGGCGACCUUUAGGUCGCCUUUUUAAUCACACAGACACUUUUUUUUGUAAAUCUCUUGUGUUGUCGGAACGUUUUUGUGUCACAAAGGAAACUUCCAAGCAGCUGUGGCUAAGUUUUCGUCGAGCGGUUGGCGUAGUGAAGAACGCGUUAGCUCGUUCAGCUAGCAUCAGCUUUCUUCUGGUUCCCAGCAUCUACUGGAGUCGGCUAGCACUGUAAUUCGUGGGCUUUACAUGGUGUUUGUGCCUCCAAACGUGAACUGCCCCUGAUGGAUUAGCUGAGCGAUUUUAUCUCGUAGAUGAACGGAGAAUAUCGGAAAGGUUCAGUUUAAGUGCCUGAGCUGUCACAAGGAUGAGCAGUAAGCGCAGCUUAUUCGUGCGGCUGGUGCCGUGCCGCUGCCUGCGGGGCGAGGAGGAGGCCGUCACUUCGCUGGAUUAUUCGCACUGCAGUCUGGAGCAGGUCCCUAAAGAGAUCUUCAGCUUUGAGAAGACCCUGGAGGAGCUCUACCUUGAUGCCAACCAGAUUGAGGAGCUGCCCAAACAACUUUUCAACUGCCAGUUGCUUCAGCGAUUGAGUUUACCAGACAACGAUCUGACGGUCCUGCCGCCGGGCGUGGCAAACCUCAUCAAUCUCAGGGAGCUGGACAUCAGCAAGAACAGCAUCCAAGAGUUUCCUGAAAAUAUCAAGAACUGUAAAGUGCUGGCCAUAGUAGAAGCAAGCGUGAACCCUAUAUCCAAGCUCCCUGAAGGUUUCACGCAGCUUCUCAGUCUGACGCAGCUCUACCUGAAUGAUGCCUUCCUCGAGUUCCUACCGGCCAGCUUCGGCAGACUAACCAAGCUGCAGAUCCUGGAGCUGCGGGAGAACCAGCUAAAGAUGUUGCCAAAGAGCAUGCAUAAACUCACGCAGCUGGAGCGUCUGGAUCUGGGGAGCAACGAGUUCACUGAAGUGCCUGAGGUUUUGGAGCAGCUCAACGGAAUCAGAGAGCUGUGGAUAGAUGGAAACAAACUGACAUUUUUACCCGGGAUGAUCGGGGCACUGAAGCAGCUCUGCUACCUGGACGUGUCCAAGAAUAACAUUGAGAUGGUGGAUGACAAGAUAUCUGGAUGUGAAAACCUGCAGGAUAUUCUGUUGUCGAACAACGCCCUGGCGCAGCUGCCGGGGUCUAUAGGUUCACUGAAAAGACUGUCUUCUCUAAAGGUGGAUGAUAACCAGCUCAUGCACCUCCCUGACACGAUAGGAGGUCUCACUGCUCUGGAAGAGCUCGACUGCAGCUUCAAUGAGAUCGAAGCCCUUCCCGCUUCCGUCGGCGAGUGUGUCAAUCUGCGAACGUUAGCUGCCGACCACAACCUGCUCACGCACAUGCCUUCAGAGAUGGGCUGUUUGAAGAACAUCACUGUGCUCUUCCUGCACUCCAACAAGCUGGAUUUUCUGCCGGAGGAGAUGGGCGACAUGCUGAAACUCAAGGUCAUCAAUCUCAGCGACAACAAGUUGAGGAAUCUUCCGUACAGUUUCACUAAACUCAACCAGAUGACUGCAAUGUGGCUGUCUGAAAACCAGUCAAAGCCGCUGAUUCCUCUACAGAAAGAAGAGGAUUUAGAGACACACAAGACUGUUCUCACUAACUACAUGUUUCCUCAACAGAGCAGAAAUGAAGAAUAUGUGCCCAACUCUGACAGCGAGAGCUUUAACCCGUCCCUGUGGGAGGAGCAACGCAAGCAGCGGGCACAAGUGGCGUUUGAAUGUGACGAGGACAAAGACGAGAGGGAGACGCCCACGCGGGUCAGUUCCCACUGUCCGCUUCUGCCCAGGGAGGGCAAUCUGAAACGCUACCCCACGCCGUAUCCCGAUGAGCUGAAGAACAUGGUGAAAACAGCUCAGUCUGUGGCUCACAGACUGAAAGAGGACGAGUCCGGUGACGAGGCAGGAAGAGAGAGCAGAGUCAGCGAGAGGAAUCAUAUUGGAGUGCAGGAUGUUGGAGUGAAGGUGAUUGAAGGUCCGUGCACCAAUGGGAUGGAGCCCAAAGCAAAUGUGAACUUUCACCAAAACCAUGAACCACGAGACACAAUGGACUACACUGUUGAGAGGAUUCCUCUCAAGACCUCAGACAACAUGACAACUAUGGUUAACCAUGAUGACACCCUCGAGGACUCAGAGGAGCUGUCGUCUGAGGAGGAGGAAAUGAAGAUUGCCGAGAUGAGACCUCCACUCAUCGAGAUCUCCAUUAACCAGCCUAAAGUAGUGGCCCUGAGCAAGGACAAAAAGGAUGAUGGAAAGGAUGCAGACUCUUUGCUGGACGAGACGGUUGCCAACAGCAACCAGAACAACAGCAACUGUUCAUCGCCCUCACGCAUGUCUGAUUCCGUGUCAUUAACCACAGACAGCAGUCAGGACAACUCCCUCUGCACCCCAGAGAGGGAGUCCAAGAUGCCCCUCGUCCCCAAGAAAGGGCAAGAGGAUGAAAACCUGAACCAGUUGAAGCAAACGACUCCUCUACUUCAGAAUGGUAAUGAUUCAGAAAUGUCCCUGCAGACCAUCCUGAAAAACCAGCAGAGCUACGAAAGCAAAUCAGACAAGAUGGCCGACUACAACCUCACCAUGGAGGAGAGACUUGCCCUCAUUGAGAAGGGUAUUAACAACGGCAUGAGGGACCAGUACAGCAAGUGGGAUCAGAUCAACAUGAACGUGGCCAAAUUACCACCUGACAACAUGGUGUCGUACGAGGACCUGGAGAGGACCAAAGUUUCAUCCCCUAAAGAGUCAAGCAACAACAACGCCACGGUAUCACUGGAGAACCUUGAGAACGGGAAUAGGCUUCCAAAAACCCAGUCUGGAGAAAAUUUUUAUGGACGAACGGAUCAAGUUCCCUUGAGGUAUGAGACUACUAGGACCGUCUCGACGGGCGUGACUGCGUUGAGCGAUAUGAGUCUUUCUCGUAGCACAGAGGAGCUGUCACCAGAGAAGAAAUGUCCACCAGCCCCCGUUGUGAAAUCUCAAAGCAUCGCCAACAUGGACGCUGGCGGAAUGAAGCUGUACUCCAUCGAGGGUGAAAGCCCCCCGUACGAGGUGGCGUGUGCAGCCAGAACAUCUUUGUCUGGUGCUCAAGGCCAGAGCAUCGUUCGUUCAAAAUCUGCCUCUUUGCUCAACGACCAGCAAUUGCAGAUCUACCCUGGUUCUUCAGCGUCCUCCUCUGACCUCCUGUCCAGCUCUAAACCUCCAGCUAGCACCGCCCGUUACCCUGCCGGCCCCCCGCCGCAGUACAAUGUCCAGUACGCCUGUAGCGCCGCGCCCAAAGACAAUCUAUGGAGCCAACGCACCCCCGUUACUCCCGAGCAACCCUACCUGCCGCCGCAGCACUCCCUGGCCAACACCAACUACUCCAACCGUAACAACGCCCCUCCCUAUCCCCAGCCCCAACAAUGGGGCCCACCUAAGACCCCAGACAUUUGGGCAAAAGAAAGGAUGCUGCCAUCUAGUGGCCAGCGUGGCACCUUGCAGAGACAAGGUAGCGGUUCGUCUGGCGCCCCCAUAUGCAUGCCGGAUUUGCGGCGCAUGCCAGGAAUGGAGGGCGAAUACAUGACCUACAGGGACAUUCACGCGGCCGGCCGUGGACCCCUUCAGAUGAGCCAGGCUCUUCACAGACCCCUGUCAGCUCGCACAUACAGCAUGGACGGACCCAACGCUCCCCGGCCUCAAAGCGCCAGGCCUCCACCGCACGAGCUUCCGGAGAGGACCAUGUCCGUCAGCGACUUUAACUACCAGCACGGCAGCCCCAGCAAGAGGCCCAGUAUGAGGGUGAAGUCCGAGCACUCACUGCUGGACGGUCCGGUUGGGGGAGGCGGCAGGGUUCCUGCAGAUUGGAGAGAUCAGGUCAUGAGGCACAUUGAAGCCAAGAAAAUGGAGAAGAGAGGUCUGUCUCGGUCUUUGGCCACUCUCAAUGGCAGUCAGAUAUCUCUGGCCUUUAGCGUUGUAGACGGACGGCAGUAUGGAGCUCAUGGGCUCAGCGAUGAUGUUUUUAGUCCCCAUGGACAACAGGGCUAUCAUAUCGACACGCUCAGAAAAGUGCCUUUGAUGAAUGGACAAAUGUGUCCUCCGGUGAGAUCUCCCAUGACCUGCGGUCAGUCACCAAUGGCUCGUCACCCCUCCAGAGAGCAGCUCAUAGACUAUCUGAUGCUUAAAGUAUCCCAGCAGCCCCCGGGCCCUUCACGGGUGUCCCAUGACACGCUGCAGCAAGAGCUCCACGUGACGAUAGAGAAGAAUCCCGAGUUGGGUUUCAGCAUAUCAGGUGGAGUCGGUGGCCGUGGAAAUCCCUUCCGCCCAGACGACAUUGGUAUAUUUGUGACGAGGGUUCAGUCAGAUGGACCUGCUUCAAAGCUCCUUCAACCUGGAGAUAAAAUCCUCCAGGCAAACGGGUACAGCUUCAUUAACGUCGACCACGGAAACGCAGUGUCCCUACUGAAGACCUUCCCCAGCACCGUCGACCUGAUCAUCGUUCGAGAGAUGGCAGCGUAGAUGAAACUGAAUGUUCACCGUCUUAUUUGUGUACCCAGAGGAGUGCUUUAUAUUCAGUCUGAUGGAAACUGGCGGCUGUGGACCAUGGGUUAAAGGGGCAGAACCACUGCAUCAAGUGGGAGACGGACAAACGCCUGGAAGGAUGCAUCUUAAAGAUUUACGCCUUCACUGUGUGUUAGCCUGUUGGUGUAGUCCAACCAAUAUAAAAACCUGUGCUUUUUGUAAAGAUCGUUUUUACUUUUACGUUUUUAUUUUAUUUUGAAGAAAACAACCUGCGUAGAGCUCUAGUGGGAUGUUAGGUGUAGCUGAGGGCUCUCGAUCACAUCUCACUCAGUUUUUUUAUUUUUCGUUUUAAAGAUUUUUAAACCACUUUCAUGAUCUGUGUGAGAUUCUGAGCUAGAAGACAAUGACGUAGCACUUCACGUUCCACUUGCUGUGGAAAUGAAUGUAGAAUUCGAUUGGUGACAUUUGUUUUUGUUGGUAGGAUAACGUUACUCAUCUGAAUGACAAGCUAAAAAGUGCUAAAUGUCAUCAGCUGUUAUCGUCUCGACUUAUAUCCAUAGCUUUUUCUCCAGCGAGUCUUCUGUCCCCGCUAACUUUUGCCCAGAUGCAAUCUUUUAAGGAUGUGCUGAAAUGAUCUCUGUACGUGAAUCGUGGGAACGCGGUGAAGAACUUCAAUAAGGAUUGUGAAAGAGAAGAGACGUCAACAAAAAAAGACAUUGGACGUGGAAACUGAAAGUGGUGCGAGCUAUCUGAACCAAAGCAUGUUGGGACACUGUGGCACAGAACUGCUGGCGUAAGGGGAAAGGGACUUCUUCCUAAAAUUCUAGCAGCUUGGCUUGGACUUCAAGAAGGCCGACCACCCUAUUCCAAUGCCUACCAAACCUAUGUUCACACUCUGAAAGUUGUACGUUUUUGGACUUGGUUGUAUGGAAACGGUUUUUAUUCUUUGAAGAAUGUCGAUGUUUUAUCCUCUCGCAAAAACACCCUCACAUUUGUGUAGAUUUGCAGGCGUUUGCUUUAAGGGUGUCCACGGUGGGCCGAGGAAACGUCAUGUCAAGUGCCAUAGACCCUGAACUGUCCGAACCAGAGCAAUACUCACCGAUCCACACCGCAUAUUCAGUGGCCUUAUCGGGCUGACAUAUGACACAGUGGGCGAACGAGCAAUAGAAAGUCAUUUAAUUCCAUUCGCUGGAUGCAGUCGGUUGCGUUUUUUAUAAGAGCGAAAAUCCCAUUUAGUAUUUCUGAAUUGAUACAGCAUUUUAUAUUGCACAAAUCUUUUAGAGGUGAAAACGUAGGAAAUGACAUUUCAGAUUUUUGUGAAAAAAAAAUUAUUUGUGAAGUCUGAAUAGUGUGCGAAUGGACGUGUCCUUCUCCGUGAGCGAUUGCACUGCUGUUUCUGAAAAAUCCUACGAAGAUGAUCAUCACCAGUGUAUAUGAAAACAAUUGAUUGGAUGAAGCGGCGCAGCUUUGUAAAAUGAUCACUGUCAUGUUUUUAUUUGAUGAAGUAGUUUUUGCUAUGUGUACACACGUUGGGGAGAAUGACUAACUUGUACUUUGCUUAUUUUUUAUUUGCAUGAAAUCCCUCCUUUGAUUGUUCGACACUGAUUCUUCGCUAGACUGGAGCGCUAAAUGAAUUCAGAUUAACAUAUACUGACAAUGUGACAAACCCACAAUUUUUAUGGAUGUGAAGAGCACCGUCACCACUUCUAUAAGACCAAGAUUUUUUUAAUUUUUUUUAAUAAAUAUCGACACCGAGCCCCUAGUAUGUUAUUAGGCAUUUUUGUUGCUUUGCAGUUGCAAGUGCAUUUGCCACAUUGCGCGUUGAAAAAAAAACUAUGCCCCUAAAUUUUACUGUGAAAUGAUUGUGAUGUCACAAAACAGUUAUUUUUGUGGAUGCCUUUUUUUAAUGAAACAGUCUAGUGUAGUUGGGACUGUCAUGCAUUUUGUUUUGUCUGCACAGACUCAUUUCAAAAAGGUUGUUUUUUAUUGUCCCAUCUUUUAUUUAUUUAGUACACUUUGACUUUGAGAUUACUAAUCGAAAUGUAAAUACUUUUUUAAAAGGUUUAUGAUUUAUUCAUGGCAUUAGUGAUUGUUUUUCAAACCAGCAAUAAUUUGCAUCACAGACGCAGCCCUUUUAAUGUAUAGUUAUGUGAAUGGUUUCUCUGGAAGCAGCUACUCUUAAAAUGAUUGGUAUGCAUUUAUUCAACAUUCCAAAUUUUGUAAAUAAUUUUACUUUCCAUGGUGUCCUGUGGAGAGAAUAAAUCAACUAAUGCUCUUUCAAAAAA